CUAGGAAGGAGAAUGUAGGGGCUGAUGCUUUAUCUCGUUGCCCCCACCAAGCUGAGCUCCUUAAUUUAGUGGUGCCAAUGCCUCGACUUUUUGAAUUUUGAAGAUUCCUUGCAGCAGGACACCCAGUUACAAAGCAAAUUUUGGAUGAGUUAAAGUUAGAUCCUACUGCUAUUCCUGUGUAUAUUAAGGUAAAUGGCAGGUUGUUUUAUCGAGGGUGUUCCUCCGGCUCUCGCCAAAUUGAUCGAAGAGGCUCACCUCACGCCAUCAGGGGGCCAUGGAGGGUUCCUCAAGACAUUGAAACGGCUUACUGGUAAUUUCUAUUGGCCCAACAUGAAAGCAGAUGUUAAGACAUUCGUCCAACAGUGCCACAGUUGCCAACAAACGGCUCUAUUUCCUGCAGGGCUAUUACAAGUUUACAACAGCUACCAGCACCUGAAACUGGCAGAACAACUAGGCCAGGGACAAUGUUUUGAGACUUUUACAGGACAAUCUCAAAACAACCCAAGACCGAAUGAAGAGCUAUGCGAACCAGCACCACAGUGACAUAAAUUUCAAAGUUGCUAAAGCUGUUUUCCUUUGCAACCAACCUUUCCGGCCGAAUUUGUUUUUUUAGGUUGGAAUUUGGUUAGAAGAACCACAAAUGUUGUGAACCACAUAUUCCUUUCCUUAAGAGAAAAUGAGAGAAGUGUGAAGUUUAUUUUGGGAUAUAUAUAAAUAAGGAAAGUAUAAAGUUAAUUACGGGAU